CUAGGACUGUCCUCGUCAUCCUCCAGCCUCCUACAUCACGUGACGGGAGAAGACCGCAACGAGUCUAGCUUUUGGGCAAAUGAUUUUUAACGGUCAUUCAGAGGCGGAGGUUCUGGGACGUUUUCCUCCCGUUCAGUGACGUGACCUUUGACCCUGACCCCCUACCUUUGCCCACGUAGGCUGCAUGUUGGUGAGGCGGGGCCCCCAAGUCUGGCUCGGCGGAGUGGCUGCAUUGUUCCUGGCCUUUCUGUGCAUGCAGUCGCUGCUCUCCACGUACCCCUACCUACGGCUGCUCCCUCGAGCUAUCUCCAUGGCCACACGGCCUCCCGAAGCCUCAGUCCCCGCUCCCACUGGUUCGGACUACGUCGCUGGCUCUGUCUCAGUCGUCUUUGUCACCUGCCCCAAUGACAAGAUCGCCAAGACUAUUGCCAGGGCUGUGGUGGAGAAGCGACUGGCUGCCUGUGUCAAUUUAAUACCUCAGAUUACAUCUAUUUAUGAAUGGAAAGGAAAGAUUGAGGAAGACAGUGAGGUGAUGAUGAUGAUGAAGACUCAGACUGCCUUGGCACCACCCUUGACAGAAUUUAUUCGUUCUGUUCACCCAUAUGAAGUGGUAGAAGUCAUUACAUUACCUGUGCAACAGGGGAACCUUCCAUACCUUCACUGGGUAAAAGAUAGCACCACUCAUCAAUGAUGACUCUAUUUUGAUGACUUCUGAGCCUACUCUGAUACCUCAGACUAACUUCUAUACUUUCUCUGUCUCUCACUUUCUCUAAUAAACCCUAUGCCCAGAA